UCCCGAGAUUACGUAAAAAUUGCGCGCCUGACACGGGCUCGGAGCUGAUACUUGAAGAUCGAAAACACCAUAAGCUUGUGUUUUGCUUUAGUUUUGUUCAAAACAGUCAAAAUGCCCAAAGUAAAGAGGAGCAGAAAGCCACCUCCAGAUGGAUGGGAGCUCAUUGAGCCCACUUUGGAUGAGCUGGAUCAGAAAAUGAGAGAGGCUGAAACAGACCCUCAUGAGGGGAAGCGGAAGGUGGAGUCCCUUUGGCCGAUCUUCAGGCUGCACCAUCAGCGCAGUCGGUACAUCUACGAUCUCUUCUACAAAAGAAAAGCCAUCAGCAGAGAGUUAUACGACUACUGCAUAAAGGAAGGAUACGCAGACAAGAACCUGAUAGCCAAGUGGAAGAAGCAGGGCUACGAGAACCUGUGCUGCCUGCGCUGCAUCCAAACCCGAGACACCAACUUUGGAACUAACUGCAUCUGCAGAGUCCCCAAGAGCAAGCUGGAAGUCGGAAGGAUCAUCGAGUGCACUCACUGUGGAUGCAGAGGAUGCUCCGGCUGAGCGGCGCGUAUGUUUGCCUCGAGGACUCGUCCGGUUUUCACAAUACGAGCAUGGAGUAAUUUUUUUGAAAAUUUUAUUAUCAUUAUUAUUUCAUCUGCGUCAGAAACGCAUCGUUACCUUCACCGUCAGCUGCCCUUACGUGGGAUCAAUGUUCUGUGUUUAAAGGCGAUGGGAGAACACAGCGACCGGGGGCCUUUUUUUCUUUUUUUUAUUAUCAGUUUUUCCUGUUUGUGCUUUUUAUUCUUGAAAGUUAUGGACUGUUUCUGAGUCAGACCUGUCAUUCCAGAUAGCCAUGCUCGCUGCGAAGGUCGGUUCUAACGCGUUGAUUUUCAUUUAAUGUAGAUUGAGGAAAGUUGUUUUGUUUUUUUUGUUGUUUUUGAAUGGAAAUCCUGAUGUCUGUCAUUACUAUAGUAUGAUUUUUAAAUAAAACAUUUCAGCCAUG